CUGACUCUUAUUCUUCACUUUUGCACCAGACUUGACCUGCAUCACUGGAGCAACCCGAGUAAGUUACCAGGUUUAGGUACAUUCAGGAGCCAGUGCAUGCUCAAUACUUGCCAACAGAGACGUGACCGAUUACCCAAGCGACUAUCAAGCCGAUCAGUGGUGAAGAGGAUUAAAGUAAAGGUAGUGUCAUCAAAAGUGUGGUUGGUACACUAUCAUGGUGGUAACUGGCGCAAUGGAGGCAGGUCCUGCUGUAAACAUGGAUGCUGGUGGGCGGGGCAUCUCCACCACCAUGCUGUUGACUGAGCUGGACCGCUUCCUCAACUUGGCCUUGACAACUUCUGACAAAAGGAGUCAUGGUGGGAGAAGAGACGUGAUCAGUGAGGGAGAAGAACAGACAACUGCAGAAACAGCUCUUUUUCUCCUCCGCAACUUACCUCCAGGAAGACCAGCAGCUCUGGCAUUCUUGGCCCACACACUGUCCAGGCAGGUAUCAUCUCACAUGCGAGGAUACACUGCCGGAGAUGGUUCCCGAAAGACUGAGAAUACAGACGAGGGACUCUCUGGACAAAUUGAAAGCCUGUUAGGAGAUCUGUUAGAAUCUACUCCUGGGGUAUGGGGGCCUCUUGUUAGUCAGUGGGCUGUAGAACAACUGGGGCGCUGGUCUGUAGAAUGGGCCAAUACAGUAGUAGGUCGUGGAGAUGCUACACUGGAGGAGGUAGUUGCUGGUUGGCUCUCAUGUAGCCCUGCACGUGCCUUGGCAUCUCUUACUGUGGUGUGUGUGGCUCAUGACCCAGACACUGCUGUAGCUGCUCUUCUUGAUGCUAGUGCUGCCAGUGGACCAGCCCUUGAUUGGCUUGUGGCACACGUUGGCUGUUCCUUCCCGGCGACUGUUAUAAGUCGAGUGUUGGCUCUAGGAUUGCGAAGUUUUGCCUCUUGUCACGGUCGACCACCGGAACAUCAGUUGGCCAGUGUGAAUAAGAUCCUGAGUCACUUAGCAGAUCGUCAUUUACCAGAUAUUCGUCGUAGUCUACAUGCCAUUUUACUACGUACCUUUACUGGUGCAUCAGACGCAGAGGCUCAAGCUUCUGUUCCAUUCUUGCUGUGUCUUGCUGUCACCAGUAGGUCAAGGGCAGUAUUGGCUGCUCUUACCUCUGGUCUGGAUACCCUCUUAAUGCCAAGUGACCGUCUGGCUGCCCUGGCUAACCAAGUUGGAUGGUGGGUUCCGAGAUACUUUACAACACAUUGUCAAUUACAAGAAAUGGUGGUUCACUUGGUAUUGGACACAGGGGGAGCUGCUGCACCUUCCCUUCUGCGUCUUCUGCUUCAAGGUGCGGCCCCUGCUCCUAAACUACCUCCUUCUGUUGCUGCUGCUGUCAAUAAUAUUCUGCAAGGUGUGGUAGGAGAAAUCUGUAUGGUCACUUACAUGAGAAAGAAUGCUGGAUCCAGUCGUAUUCACAUCCCUUUCCUUGUGGGUCUUCGUGGUGGUGGGCUAGAUGGAAGUGACGUAGGAAUGGCAGUUGGCGGAAGAGCAAUAUCUCCUGUUGCCAGCCUCGUAGAGGAGACAUUAGCCACUCCAGGUAGUCAAGCAUCAAUUGGUCAUCUAAAGCAGUUGAUCACCUUAGUUGUGGUACAGCAAGGGCCGGCAACUGCAACUACCACUCUCGGUCACUUGCUUCACUGUCGUACUCAAGAUGGCAAAAGCGGUCAUCAACAAAUUCUCUCUGCUGUCAUCACAGCCUUGAUGAUAUAUCAAGCUGUCCAACACACACCAGAUUCACCAUUGUCCACAGCUCUUGCUGGGGCAUUGCAACCUCAGACAGGUUCUGCCACAAUUCAUGCAUCACUUAACAGUUUGGAAACAUUACUUUCACGGAGUCGGAAGGAAAGACUGCACAUACACCCAACACUGACCGAGGCUAUCUUAAUAAAUAUUCCCCUCUUGGCUGAGCUCGUAAAUGACCCUGCCCUGGGAACUGCUGCUGUACAGGUGUUAUGUCAGUUACCUUUGAAGAAACCGAUCCCAGUAGGUCAUGUUUUAUGUUUGAGUCAUGCCAUAAUUUUCUUUCUUUUUAGUAGCUUACAUGAAUCAAGUAUAAUCAAGAAGAUCUGUAAUGUUGGAAUGUGCCAAUGUGUGUUGAGCCAACUGGCUCACUCUUCUCUUGCCCUGAACCUUAUAAUACGCCUCUUGGUGGAAGGAGUAUUUCGCCCUGAGUGUUCUCGCCUUUUUGGUGCACAGAAAGACGCUCGCUUUGAUUCAAAAGAAGUUCCGGGAGAGAUGUUAAUUCAAGCCAACAGGCAAUUCAACUCCUGGGUGAAGGUUCCACAGUCUCACACAAGCAUCUUUCACAUGGGUAUUAUUGGAAAUGGGAGACUUUUACAACGACACCAAAACAUAUCUUUCCCUUCUGAUAUAAUCAAGCUUCACACACAGCUCCUUCUGAACACACUCAGAGUUUGCUGUGCUUCUCAAGCUAAUGGAGAAGGAGCUUCUACUGUUGCCCUUCUUUUAGUGGAGCUCAUUUCUCCAGAUAUAAUGUUCAAUGGAUUUCCUUGGCCUGAAGAAUAUAUUAAGUUUACUUUUGAGAGAGAUUUGGCUAUUAAGAAGACUUUUGAAGAAUUUCCAAUUGCUUGGUCCCUUCUUGAGUUUGUGGCCACUCACCGUGCUGCUCUUAGCUACUGCUCUGUGUUGGUUCGAGCUCUCACAGCUGCUCUCACUGCCUACUGGAAUACCUGUCCCCUUGCUACAGCCAAACAAGCCCCAGAAGCUCUUCAAGCUACCAGAUACCUGCUAGAAGUGAUGGUUACAGCCCAGUUCUUGCCAGGCCCCCUGGGAGUGUUGCCUCAGAUGGUGAAUGCCUUGGCACCAUUUGAAUUAGUGUGUAUACUUCAGGAUGUGUGGAUGUUCAUGCGUGAUAACACUCCUUCUCCCGACCGUUGGUUGGAGCUGCCGUCAGGUCAUCACCAGCGUAUAUCUGACCCUCCUAUCACUCCUUGCUAUACAGAGCGUAUCCAGCGCAUCAUCCAGUCUAAUGUGGCAACGCUGGGGCACCUUAUGUCUUUUAUGGUGAAUGCUGAAUAGUGAUUAAUAUUAACUAUUAAUGUGGCUCUAGAUGAUUUUGUAUGUUUUAUAAUGUAAAAACUUUGGAACUCCUGUAUAGUGCCAGUCUUGGUACUGUACUCACCUGCAAGACUUUCUUUUACAAUAAAUAGUAAACCUUCAUAGAUAUAUAUGAUUUAGGUCACUACAUUAGUAAAUUAUAGUGAAAUGCUUUCCUGGCACCUUCCUGUAGUAACUGUUGUAUCUUGUAGGUUUAAGUGAUUUUACAAGAUCAUCAAUACACUAGAUAGCUACUUUUUCUGUAACUUGGAAUUACACAUUACCAUUAUUUUGA